CAAUGCUAUGCUGUAUGUUGCGAAUUAUGUGGAUAUCUUCUAGUGCUUUUUUAGAGUGUAUGCUCUGUUUGGGGUAACCUUAAUGAAGUUGCCAUUGCCGAGAAUCUUCGAUAUGUUAUAAGGUUGUCUGUCAUCACUGUUGUUCCCAUUCUUUCUCAUCAUCAUCGUCUAUUCAUCCAUUCAAUUCCCAAUCCGAAGCUGGUCUUUUGUAAAGCUGGUACUUUUCGAAACUAAUUUUUUGAAGUUGUUUUUCUCCCUUUUUCCAAAACUGAUAUUUCAGUCCAAACAUAUAUAUCUUCCUUCGCCUUACUCAAUCUUCUGCAAGUCCAACAUCGGCAUCGAACUUUGCAAUGCAGCUAUCAAGCGCUUUUUUCUUGGCUCUUGCCGCCGCUACCGUCUCUGGCUCAGUGGUUAGUUCUCUCUUCUAGUACCUCACCCAAUCAUCAUCUCAUCUAAUGCAUCCCAGGGUACUUCAGAGAGCAAACGCGCCUUGGGAGCUGCCAAGCCAAUAGUUGUAGGAGCCGCAAGCGGAACAGGUGCAACUCCCGUUGUACGUGCCCGAUUUGUACACGGUCCUUACCGCCGCAAGAAGUCCUACGAGUCGAAAGACACAGAAGGAGCCGGAGCUGCUCAGGGUACUAGCGGAGCAAGCUUUGGUGAAGGCUACGGUUCUGGCAGCGGCUCAGCCCAGCCCAGUGGAUCGGGAGGAGAGGCACCAGCUGAGAGUGGUGCGGCUUCACCCUCGGCAUGGACAGGAGGGUAUGGAGGAAACGCCACUGCAACAGCAGAAGCUGGCUCUGCUAUGACGACCGGAACUGGGAAUGGUGACAGCGGAGCCGCUUCUGCUUCGGGGGCUGGUGUUGCCUCUGCUACUUCCAUUUCUCCAGGUUUGUUUCCCCUUAUCUCGAUAUCUUGGUGUCUAUCUCGCUAACUCGGAUAUAUUAGCUAUCCCCACUGGUGGUGCCGCAUCUCUAUCUAAUAACGGAGGCACAGUCGCUGUUGUUGGUCUAGGUGUCGCAUUUGCUAUUUUUAUGUAAAGGGGCUUGAAUUUCUGUAGUGGUGUGACCUUGUAUUCAGUCAAGUCGGGUGUUGGUAUGGAUUGAAGUUGAUUGAGUGGUUUGGGGAUACCCUCCAGAUGUAUAUAGGGUGGCGUAUCGGUAUUAUUUGGACAGGUGCGUGGUUUUGGUAUUUGCGACUUAAGCUGGUCUUUGGUGGCAGACGAAAUAAUCACUCGUUCUUACUUUUCGUCUAUCAAGAGACUAUGAAAUUUGAUUAUUCUAUUAUAUGAUUGGAAGAGCCUAUUUUGAG